AUGGUUAUAAAAUUCACGUCGAACGUCGUAUCUCCGCCAGUUAUGCUUUACAUGGGCGUUGACAAAGUUGAAAAUGAAGAUUUGAUAAAGGUGAUUUUUUUUUAAUUUGAAAACUUUAUAAAGCAAAGUUUCUUCAAUUAAGCAUUGUUUUUUUAAUGAUUACUUUUGCGUAUUUAUAGAGUCAAGAUGUCGAAAAAGUAGCAUUAUCUAACUUCAAAAAUAUAAAAACGGCUGUUUGAUUUGAUAACCUUCUGAUAGAUUUUAUUUAAUUUUCUUUUUCAAAGCUUCGAACUUCGAUAAAUUGCUGGAAAAAUGAUUUUUCUGCAGAUUUUUCUUCAAUUUUCAACGUUCAUUUUCACAACUUGUUCACCGAAAAUCUUGAAUUAUUAAGUAUGGAUGGCCAGAAGACGUUUGGUUUCACGUUGACAAACUGUCUUCGGCUCACGUUUAUUUGCGACUACCCGAAGGGAUGACGAUUCAUUCGAUACCUCCAGAAUUGGUUUGCUCUCAAAAUUUUCAUGGGCAAAGUCCAGAAGGCCUUCCAAAAAAAGAAGAAAAAAAAAAAAACGAAAAAUGCUUCAAAAAGAGAAAAAAAAACCCAAUUUUUACUUUCUUAAAAAGUAAUUUGUAAGCAGAAAGGCAUAAAAAAAGCCGCUGGGAAGGUCUCCGAAAUGUUUUUUUUAACUUUGCCCAUAUUUCUUAAAUUCAGAAAUUCGAUUUGAAUGACCUGUUCAGCUUGAAGAUUGCUGCCAACUCGUCAAAGCCAACUCAAUCGAAGGAAAUAAACUGAACAAUAUCGAUAUCGUUUAUACGAUGUGGGAGAAUUUGAAGAAGACGGGAGAUAUGGCCGUGGGGCAGGUUAUUUAUUUUAAUCGUGCUUUGUUUAUAGUUUUUGUUGUUCAUUUUUUCUUCAAAAUAAAUGUUCUUAAAGAAAAAAGUAAAGCAUUUAUUUCUGUCAAGAGUUUUUUUCCAGUCGCUAAUUCAGGUUUUUUCCAAUUUAUAAGCGAUAACGAAAUUUUAUCAAUUAUUUUGUGGAAAUCUUUUAAUUUCAAUUUAUUUUGAGUAUUUAAAUUUUUUUCGCUGCUUAAAACAAAUUGAAGUCUUUAUAUCCUUUAUUUGGAGCACUUUUUUUCUAAAUUUUCAUUAUUUUUUUCAAACAGUCUAGGCGCAAUUUAGUUCCAGAAGAUUUGUAUGCCCAGCCAGAUAUUCAUCCAUUUUUGACCUCCACUCUUCUUUCUCUUCAGGUUGGUUUUUUCAAUCACAAAAGCGUGAAGCACGCCAAAGUGGAGAAGAGGAAAAAUGAAAUUAUCAACCGAUUAAAUAAAACAGAGAAGAAGGAAACGGUUGACUACAGGUUUGCUUCAAGCAUAUUUUCAUAAUCAAAUGGAAUUUAAUUUUCAGAGCCGAACGGGAAGCUAGGGACGCGAAAGAGCGACAAAAAACGAGAGCCUUGGAAAAAGCGAAAAAAGACCGAGAACUUCAGGAGGCCAAGAAGAAAGAAGAGGAGAGGAAGAUCCAGUAAGAAGUUGCCUUUAAAUUUUUUGUUGAUGAUGAAAUUGGAUUUUGAGAAAUGAUUGUUUAUUAGAUCUUUCAAAAAAAUAAUUUCAAAAUAUAUUUUGUAAAAGUUUUGAUAGAUUUUUUCUCAGUUAGUUGGAAUCUUUUUUGUGUCUAAAGAAUAAGUGAAGCUUCAGAUUUUUCCCAGUGAACCUUUGGUGCUCAGUCUAUUUGAACUAGUUUUCUGUAGUCUAGGAAAAAGUCCAAUGGCUUAAUUUCACUCUUAAGUUGAUUGACUCAAUUAUUUUCAUAUUUUGCUCAGAAACUACGAAGAUGUCGAUUGGGACGCGGCGCCGACCAACCUGGAGAGAGCAGAAAGCGAUGGAAAUCUUUCGGACGACUUUAUGUGA